AUGUACAACAACAUAUGGUACACAGUUGAAACAUUGCACGCUGCAACAGGUCAAAGCGUUUCGGGCAAUCACACCGAGAAGAUCACUAUAAAUUCUUCGGGAGGUGUAGCAGGUGAUGAAAGAGGCGUUCAAUAUAGUUCCGUGGAUCAGGAAGCCGAUACGGAUUUCGACGUGCACGAGGACAACGAUUGUCAGGACGAUGUAGAAGAUAUAUACAUGGAGAGCGACACCACCUAUAGUUUCUUCGAUAACAUAACGCUGGCAGAAGGGCUUCGUUAUAUUGCCGUCACGAAGAAUUUAUCGCGGUCAACCGUCAACAUGAUACUGGCCCUUCUUCGAAGAAAACUAAAUGUGUUGCUGCCAACGGAUUCGCGCACUUUGCUGAAAACGCCUUCCCAAGUCGGUUUGGAAAUUCAACCAAUCUCGGGAGGGCAAUAUUGGUACAGGGGAAUCAAAACAGCGUUAAGAAACUAUUUUCAGGACAAUAUCACACCUGUUAAUCAAUUAUCCUUUCAGAUUUCCAUCGACGGAUUACCGUUUCAUAAUAGUUCGGCAAGGCAACUAUGGCCAAUUCUUAUGAAGGUUGAGGAACUGCCAGAAGCCCCGGUAAUGUUAGUUGGGGCAUAUUGCGGAUACACCAAGCCGGACAACAUCGAGCAGUAUUUGCGGCCACUCGUGACGGAAAUAAAUGAACUGCAUGAGAGAGGUUUGAUGUUCGGCGAUAAAAUGGUGCAUACUAAACUACGCAUGUUUGUCGCGGAUUCACCUGCUCGCUGUUUUGUCAACGCUACCAUUAGCUUCGUUGGAAAACAUAGCUGCCUGAAAUGUUCCUGCGUUGGAGUGCACGAAGCGAACAAGGUAAUUUUUGUUGAUGUGGAUGCUGAGUUGCGUACAGAUGAAGGGUUCAGGAACAGGGUAGAUAGAGAGCACCAUAAAAGUUGGCGAUCACCGUUAGAAGAUAUUAGCUGUUUGAUUUGAUCAAAGAUUCAAUUGUAGCAGAACGUUUACAUUUAUUAGAUAUCGGGGUAACAAAAAAGAUAGCAAGAGGUUUAGUAGAGCACAAUUUUUUAGAUUUUGGAAGAUGGACAGCCCAACAACACGAAAACGUGUCUGAUUUUCUAAUUUCAACACAGCUUCCGGUAGAAAUCAAUAGCAG